AUGAAUAUUGGCACAGCAUUCAGUUCAGUUGUAGAUGUCAACAAAGACAUGUUACAUCCAAUUUUCACAAAAGAUCCCAGUGAAUGGGUGAGACUAGUGAAUAAUCAAGUGAGAGUGAGGACAGAAGAUGACUGUGAUCACAUUGGCUAUGUGUACACAGUUGAUCCAGUAUCUGAAAGUAUUGUAUUAGUGACUGAUCUUAGUAAAAUUGACAGCAACAAGAUUGCUAUGAAACUGUUGAUGGGACCUUCUGUGAGAAGUAUAGAAAUAAUUUCUGAAGGGAAUAAAGAAAUUUGCCAAUGUUUUGAUAAUUUGUUUCGACCAGCGGUUGCCGAAAAGUUAAGCCCUGAGGCAUUAACUGCAAGAAUGCAACGACUCAAAUUGUGGUUAGAAAAACAUCGUUUGCCUGUGAGCAUUAGUGGAUCAGAUGGUCAGUCAUUAACUAUAGCUGAUGCUCUAACCAUCUGCCCACCUUACACAGAACACAGCUGUCUGAGUACCAAUGAAAUUAUACUUGCCCGGAUACAAGAACUCAUUCGAACCAUCCCCACUGACAUGGAUGGCAAUGUGUGAAGAUAGAUAGAUUGGGUAAAGUGAACAGCAUGUUAUGAUGGUUGAUAUAUUGUAACAGGAUGGUUCUUUUCUGAAUGAAGUAUUAGGACUGCUGUUAUUAUGUUCUGCAUGAUGUAAAAAUAUCUGAUUAUGUUUUGCAUGAUGUAAAAUAUCUGAUUAUCAUUUUUAUUAGUUUAUUCAUUUUAAUUUUUGUCUUCAUUUUGACAUAAACAUGUUCAUUUUGUCUCAGCAUGUUAUUGAACCAUAGAACUUUGUAAGAAAAACAAUUAAUGUUUCAUUCAUCUUAUUAUUUACAUACAAUGCAAGCAAACUCAUUUUUUCUUCAUCCUAUGAUUAUUACAUUUUCCAUUUAAAUUUAUACUAACCAGCUUUAUUAUUUUUCACAAAUUUUAUUAAGGGUUUUGUUAAAAUACCUAGCCACCAGAGAUUCAAUAGUUUGAUCAUAAACAAUAGUUACACAUUGCAGAAAUAUAAAACAUCUUUAAGAUUCUAAAAUUGUUUUUGUUUCAUGUGACUUUAUUUGUUGUCCAGUGUAAAAAUUUUAUUGAAGUUUGGGAAUUUUUAGUACUUUUUUCCAUUUAACUGUUACAAAUAUUUCAUUGAUUGUUAUGAAUUUUGUGCAUCCAAAUGAUUUCAAAUUAGAACUCUACAUAAUACCAAUAGCAACAGUAAAGUGUUGAGUAUUUUCCUUUUGUUACUUUUGCAUAGUUCAUCAAAUUCAGUUAAACCUUCAUGGGUGAAUGCUAUGCCAUUUUAAAAAAAAAAGUUCAUUUAAUGAAGUUACACAUGUUUUUACAAGCUUUUAUUUAACUCACUUCCUCGUCAGUCUGUCGUCAGUCGUCAGUCUAGAUCGAAACGCUGGAGUGAAAAUUCGGUCACUUCUACUUGACCGAUACGAUUCACAUUUGACACGUGGGUCAAGGCAUGAAGACAAUACAAUCUGAAAUUAAAUUUGACUUAAUUGGAUGCCUAAUAAAUUUUUUUAUGAAUUAAUUAAAAUUUGGACCGAAUUAGUAGGCAUGUCUAUCCAACCACACCACACGCGUCAUCACGUUCAAUAGCUGCGCCAUCACGUUCAAUGGCUGCGUCAUCACGUUCAGUAGGCGCGCAAUGGUUUUUAGUCAUGUAACUCUAUUGUAAGUAAAACAUGUAAAGUACUGAAAAAAAAAUUCCUAAAAAAAUGUUUUAAUAACAAGCUUUUAUGUAAUAAUGCACUAAAAAGUAGAAAAUAAAUUAUACACUACUAUUUAAAU